AUGAAUAUCACGAUACCCACGUCGGACGGCCCUCGUGGCGGAGGCGCGAACCUCCCAGAUGUUAACCAUGGGCCUAGGAUUAUCAUAGCCACUGCCAUCACUACUUUCGCUGCAUUAAUCACCGUUUUGGCUAGGUUCUACGUCCGUGUCUAUCUUAUUCGCAAUGUCGGGUGGGAUGACUACAUUAUGGCCCUGACGAUGCUGCUGUCUGUCUGUGGAUUCGCAAUUAUCGUCCCCGAGGUGAAAUAUGGUGCAGGCAGGCAUGGAGCCUACGUUCAAGGUACGGCUGUAACGGCAAUGCAUUUGAAUUAUGCUACGCAGGCUAUUUACAUGUGGGCUAUUGGCCUGGUGAAGGUAUCAAUUGGGCUAUUUUUGCUUCGUUUCGCACCCCAGAAAGGGUUUAGUAUCUUUAUCUGGGUUGUCAUUGCACUAAAUAUUCUGACUGAUCUGAUCUUCGCGGUUCUACCUGUCUUUAUGUUACGCCAUCUUCAAGUCAACAGCCGAGUGAAGGCCUCUCUGAUAUGUAUCCUGGGUCUGGGAAUUUUUGCCUGCGCAGCCGCCUUCGUCAAGAUCUCUAUCCUACCCAGCUACGGCCGAACAGGCGACUUCCUCUGGGACUUUACAAAUCUCACAAUCUGGGUCGUCACGGAAUCCAACACAGGUAUCAUCGCCGGCAGCCUCCCAACCCUCAAACCUCUCUUCAAGAGAGUCCUCGGCACAUACGGCUCGCGGUCAAAAACAACCCGCGAGUACUUCGGCAGCAAGAAAUAUAAAAUGCACUCGAUGUCCCGAUCAAGGGGGCCGCCACUCCAAUCCCGAGGACAUAGAAGCGGAAAUCUCAGUGUCAUCGAGUACGACGCUCACCCGAAGACUACACCGUCCCAGAUGGCUUCCGUGACAGGCUCGGCGACGUAUUCUGGAAGUCGAGCAAGCAAUUCUAGUGAGGAGCGGAUAUUGCCGAUCCAGGGUGUGGGAAUUGUUCGUACAACUGAGGUGAUAGUUUCGCACGAGCAGAGUCCUCCAGAAGUGCAGUCCAGUCCUCCUGCUGUGUCAAAUUUGGGUAGGAUGGGGUCGCUGAAUGGCUUGCGUGUCAAUGCGGAUGAUAGGGUGUAA